CUCGACGACCUAAAGGCCCAAAACUACCGAAUUAACGAACAAUGCCCUCCAAACGCCCUUCCGCAACACCCUCGUCCUCCGCACCCGCAUCAGCUUCAACAUCAGGAACAUCAACACCCCUACCAACUCUCUCCUCCGGCCCCAAAACGCUAUCCGCAAACUCAUCUGUCUCUGAUAUUGCUGUCCAUGUCUGGCACCAGUACCUCACCAGUACGCCGCAGCGCACAAUGCUCCUAGACGCCUUCAUGGCCUUUCUCGUGCUUGUUGGUGGUGUGCAACUCGCUUAUUGUGUGCUGGCAGGGAACUAUCCCUUCAAUGCCUUCCUUAGCGGGUUCUGUGCUGCGGUAGGACAGUUUGUUCUCACGGCUAGUUUGCGUAUGCAGACGAGCUCUGUUGAGGAAGGUCCGGGGUCGAGUAAAGGUAAAGGAUCUGGGGGUAAGGUUGUCGAGUAUGGUGAAGGAGUUAAUGGUGGUGUUUCACAUGAAAGGGCUUUCGCAGAUUACGUCUUCGGCAGUCUGAUCCUGCAUUUCUUCUGUAUCAACUUUAUCAACUGAGGCUUCUAAGCUGUUGGUGGAGGGUAGAGUUUGAGACUGUCUGGUCCGUGUACCGCGAUUUGCUAUCUUGUUUGCUCAAAACGCCGUGCUGGGAUGAGAGAAUAUCUGUAUUUGUAUCACAUGUCACAAGGGUAUGUCCCUGGCGGAUCUAUUUAUGCGGCAUAUAUUGAACACAAACAUAUCAAUAUGCCUCGGACAAGAGGCCAGAG